AUGGCGCCUGCCCAGACGGUGCACCACCACCGCUCCACCACCAAGGUUUCCCACAAGCCCUACAAGAGCAAGCAUGCCUCCAAGAGCGCCUUGAAAGAUCAGGCUAAAGGCAAAAUCGAAGGUGAUGAGCGGGGCGGUCGUAAAACACCCCACCAACAGCUUAAGACGAAACUCGAUCGCCGAAACACCGCCCGCCAAAGACAGGCACUGAAGCACCAGGAAAGGUCUCAGGCUACCAGCAUCUUCGCGGGUCAGAAUGGCGCACCUCGCCAUGUCGCAAUCCUGCCUCUGUCCCCCGAUAUUGACGCCGCCGCCGCCAUUGGCUCUAUUAACGAGAGCGUUGACAUCCUGACUGAUGUUUCGCCCGAAGGACCUACUCGUGUGCGCAUUGAGCGAUUCCGCCAGAGCGUCCAAUAUCUGCCCGCCAAGUACGAUGUGAUGAGUGCGCUGGAUGUGUGCCGUAUGGCCGAUUUCGUCGUCUUGGUUCUGUCCUCCGAAGUUGAGGUUGAUGAGCAGGGAGAGAUGCUGUUGCGAUCUAUUCAAAGCCAAGGUAUCUCAAAUGUUCUGGCUGUCGUGCAGGGUCUGGACAAAAUCAGCCCGCCCAAGAAGCGUCCCCAGGUCGCCGCCUCUUUGAAGUCUUUUAUCAACUACUUCUUCCCAAAUAUCGAAAAGGUGAUGUCCCUCGACUCGCGACAGGAAUCCUCCAACGCCAUCCGAUCUAUCUGUACUGCCACCCCCAAGGGUAUUCACUGGCGUGAUGAUCGCAGCUGGAUGUUCGUUGAGGAUGUCAAAUUCCCCGAAUCUACCUUGGAAGUGGUCGACGAUGUCGUCGUCACUGGAGUUGUCCGUGGAAAGGGUUUGAAGGCGGAUCGCAUUGUCCACCUCCCGGGCUGGGGUGACUUCCAGAUUGACUCGAUCACAGCUGCGCCACUAGCCACAAAGGCUAAGCGUGACGAUGCCAUGAACGUCGACACCAAUGAAAGUGUACAGAUUUUGGAUACCCCGACAUCCGACCAGGAUGACAUGGCUGUUGUUGCCCCCGAAGAAAUCGAGAUGAUGGACGACGACAUGGUAUCCAUGGCCGAGACUGAGAAGAAGGGUGUCCUUCUGGAUGAUUACCACUACUUCUCUGAUGACGAUUCCCACAUUCCCCCCGUACCCAAGAAGCUUCCCAAGGGUACCUCAAAAUACCAGUCCGCUUGGUAUCUCGAGGAUGUUUCCGACUCUGGAUCGGACUUGGAGGACGACGAUGAACCUAUGGAGAUGGACACCGCCGGAGCACCCGAGGAUGGGGUGUUCCCCGACCACCAAGAUGCCAUGACCGAAGGUGGCCCUUCAGAAUACCCACAAUCAGAGAUGUUCCUAGACCCAUCCCCAGAGGAUGAGGCCCAGGAAUUGGCUGCAUACCGCGAAAGCCGCAAGACGGAAGCUGAAGAGGACUUGGAGUUCCCCGACGAGAUCGAAUUGCACCCUAACGUUCUCGCCAGAGAGCGUCUUGCCCGUUAUCGUGGACUGAAGAACCUUAAGCUCAGCAACUGGGAAACCUCCGAGGAUCGUCCCUAUGAGCCAGAGGACUGGCGCCGUCUCUUGCAGUUCGCUGAUCACAGGGGCUCCAAGAACCGCAUCAUCAGAGAGGCUCUGGUUGGUGGUGUGAACGCUGGCACCCGUGUGGAUGUCCACCUCCGCGCCGUGCCCUCCAUCCUGCGCAACGGUCCCAAGCCUCUUGCGCUCUUCUCUCUUCUCCGUCACGAGCACAAGCACACUGUGGUCAAUGUUAGCAUGACCCUCAACUCCACUGUGGAGAAGCCACUCAAGGCCAAGGAGCAACUCAUCGUCCAGUGCGGUGCUCGUCGCGUGGUCGUCAACCCCAUCUUCUCCUCUGCAGACAACACCCCCAACAACGUACACAAGUACGACCGAUUCCUUCACCCCGGCCGUAGUGCCAUUGCAUCCUGGAUUGGACCCAUGACCUGGGGUUCCGUCCCCAUUCUCAUCUUCAGGAACAAGCAAGCUGAUACCGAGGAUGACGACGAAGAGAUGGAAACUGAUGCCAAGGAGGAGCCAAUCAACACAGAUGAUUUGGAGCUCAUCGGUACCGGUACCGUUGUUGCCCCCGAUCAGAAGCGCGUUGUUGCCAAGCGCGCCAUUCUCACAGGUCACCCCUACAAGAUCCACAAGAAGGUCGUUACCAUCCGGUACAUGUUCUUCAACGCCGAGGAUAUCCAAUGGUUCAAGGCCCUCCAAUUGUGGACUCGCCGUGGCCGCAGUGGAUACUUCAAGGAGAGUCUGGGUACACAUGGUUACUUCAAGGCCACCUUCGACGCCAAGAUCAACCCGCAAGACUCUGUUGGUGUCAGUUUGUAUAAGCGUGUCUUCCCUCGCAAGGCUCGGGCUUUGGAUUCGAUUGCUGCUUAA